AUGGAUGCUGGUUAUACGCCAUCCCGGCUAGUUGAUCCUGAACAAACGGCCUUUUCUACCAAUCUGAUUAGAGAAUUUGGAAAGAAAACCGUGGGAGCCAAGACAGAUGUAGCUUUCAAUCCUGUAUAUGGUCUCAGACCUACAUCAAUGACUAGUUCUGCGACUUCCCCAACGUUUAGUCCUGCAACCAUGAAUGUUGGUUAUACGGCAGCCCGGAUGGUUCAAAUGCCUUUUUCUAUCAAUCCGAUUAGAAAAUUUGGAAAGAAAAAGAUGGGAGAUGAGAAAACACGUGAUUAUGGUCAACAGGGGUGGCUAGGCAUGCCAUGUAAUAGUCCACGACUCGAAAGAGAACAGGGGUUAUAUCCAACCGGCAUGCCAAUAAUGCAAAUGAGUUGCCCAAUUGAUCAUUAUAAUUCCAGAACCAGAGAAGAAAUUCCAGAUGGGAACAACAUAACUUUCAACUCAUUAUCAGCACGAUUCAGUAGUUAUCUUAGUUUCAGCACCAAAGAAGAAAUAUCAGACAAAAACAAUAAUGAUAAAAAUCUUUUCCAGUCUCAAACUAAUGCUAUUCAAGCCACUAAUGAGGCGUUGAACCAAGUACAAGAUCUCAAG